AUGACUCCUCGAGUCGUCAUUCCUAUUCCGCGAUUCGAGCCUCCUCGGUGGGGAGAACUGGAUUUUCUUGGAACGCAGAACCCACAUGAACUUCACGCCUCGGAACUCGUCAGUGACCUCUUCGUGGCUCUCCAUCCUAAUUCGAAUCGUGCUUUCCUUGUCGUCGAGCUGAGAAACCUAGUUGAAGACCACCACUUGAAGGAGCUGAGCUACCUGGACGCCGUCGUGAAGGAGGCGUUCCGGCUGCACCUGAUUAUCAUCCAGCGGGAAGCCAUCCAUCCGUGUACCAUCGGCGGGUACGCCAUCCCGAAGAAGGCGAAAGUCAUGGUCAACGCUUGGGCCAUCCACAUGGAUCCGCAGUUGUGGGAAGAGCCUUUCUAG